AUGCAAAAACAUCGUUAUACUCCAUUAACUCCAACUCAAGACAUAACACCAACAAAACAUUUGAUUAAUUCUAUUCCUUCUUCGUCUGACUCACAACAUCGGGCCAGAGGAGUAACGGCCACUAGAACCACAAAAACCUCUCAGAAAUUAGCAUUAUUUCCUGAAGAUCUUGAAAUAACUAGUCCAGUUGAAACUGACGACAAGUACGAUCAAAUUGGACAACUUCCUCAAGGUACCUCUCGUAGAGAAGCUGAAAGGUUUAGCAAAAAGGAACGUCAACAACUUCCUCGGGUUACAGCUUAUUGUACUGCUGCCUCAUAUCGCCUGGAAGAACUACUAAAGUAUUUGCAAAGUCGUAAAAUACAGAAUUCCACAGCGCCUAAACGUUUUGAUGAAUGUAUAUAUACACCUUUUACUUUUCAACCGUCAAAGCAAUAUACAACUAUCGACCUCUUAGGUCUUGAUGAUCACGCAAUAACAAAUCAAGUUGAGCAAACGAAUCCGGAAGUUUUUUUCUUCGAGUAUGGAGUGGUUGUUAUUUGGGGUAUGAAAGAAAACGAAGAAAAGAUUCUGUUGAAUGAAUUAGUAUCUUUUGAGGAAGAAAAAUUGUCUCCAGAAGAUGUCGAAACAGAAGAAUUUCAUUUUCAUUAUGCAGCUUCUUAUCAACCAAGGAUUUACAAUGAUGUAAUUACAUUAAAAAAUCCGGGUAACUAUAUGGUAAAACUUACGAUAUCACACGCAAUAGCUCAAUCUGUUAAGAUGACAUUAUUUGAAGAGUUAAUUGAGAGCACAAUAGAGGAUACAAAACAUAUUCCUCAAACAAUGUCAAAAACAGGUAAAGUACAAAUAACGGCCAUUACACAAAAGAUUGGUCAGCUGUUUAUUGUGAGAAUAAAUGUGAAUUUGGUUAGUAAUGUAUUGGAUACACCAGAGAUUUUUUGGUCAGAACCUACAUAUCAACCAUUAUACUCUGCAAUCAGAGGCUAUCUUGAAAUAUCACAACGUGUUGAACUACUUAAUCAAAGAGUGUCUGUGAUAAGUGUGUAUUACAUAUUAGAUUAUGACGAUAUUACCGUUGCGAUCUUUUGGAUAUGUUAA